UAUUUUUGUUAUUAUCAUCUUGAUUAUUCCUCUAUUUCAAAUAAAAAUAAAAUAAAAAAAUAAUAUCUUGAUUUUUUUUUUUUUUUUUUUUUUGGAAACAAUAUCUUGAUUGUUCCUCUCUAUAUAUUAAUUAACUCCUGGAUUAAUUAUUGUCAUUAUCUCUGUUUUAAAUUUUUGAUAAUUCCAACGUAACACUAUCAAUUUUUAAUCUAUGCCUCCUUUCCAAAUUAAGCAUCUACUACUAUAUUUGGUUAUUGUUGGUCUCUUGAUGACAAUUAAGGGAGGUACAAGCCAAGCGUGUGCAGCUUGCAAGUACCAACGUCGAAAAUGUGCCCCAGAUUGUCCCUUAGCCCCUUAUUUCCCCGCCGAUAAGCCUAAGAUGUUCCAAUGUGCACAUCGAUUGUACGGUGUGUGUAACAUCACCAAAAUACUUAAGAAAUUAGAUAGCAAAGACCGAAAGGAUGAGGCUAUGAAAUCUAUUAUAUUUGAGUCUGAAAUGCGUCAAAAGUAUCCUGUUUUUGGUUGUUGUUAUGCUAUUUGGCAACUUAAUGAGCAAUUGAGUCAACUUCAAGAGGAGCUUUAUUACGUUCAAUCGUGGCUAGCUAUAUUGAAAAAUAAAGAACAUAGUCAUGGCAAUAUUACGGUUGACCCUACCCAACCAUCCACUAUCCAACCUUCUCAACUUCAGCUAGAUUCGGCCCCAAGUACUAGUUAUAACCCGCAUCAUCAGUCUAACGUUGAUAUGUACUUUGCCCCGAACAAAUUUUUUGUAGGUGACCAGGAUUUUGCGUUUGCUGAACCAAAUGUAGGCGUGAAGCCUUCGUUGUUGUUGCAACAACAAUAUGGUGCCAAUAAUAACUAUUGUGUUAAUAGUUUAAGUAAUGAGAUGAAACAAUUUAUCAUUUCACAAAGACUGCCUCUACAACAAGAACUUGAUGAGGUUUCUCAAGAUCAUUAUGAUGAUUUGCCUUUCGAUACUAUUGCUGAUGAUCAACAAUCUUACAUUGAAUCCAAGGGUGUUUGUGAAUCAAGGUAUUCAUCUUUUGUAAUUGUGUGUGUUUUGUCCAACUCAUUUCAAUGGAUUACAAUUUUUUUUAUGGUUAUUCGAUUGUUUAUUUGAAUUUGAGGUCAUGUUCUC